AUGCGACUGAUCAAGCUUUGCCGGGGCAUCCCUUGGGCGGUGUCCGCGAAUCUCUUCAGCGCACUCGUGCAUCUACGUGAAACGUUUUCCAGCGCGUAUUUGUGGAUUGACGCUCUCUGCAUCAAUCAAGACGAUGUAAUUGAGCGCCAGGCGCAGGUCCCAAUUAUGGACAAGAUCUACCGAAAGGCAGACCAGGUCAUCAUAUGGCUGGGUCCGUCGACAGAUACAAGCGAAGAAGUACUGCGGCUCGUGAGACAAGUUGCGAACCUGGGUAGUAAGGUUAUUGAACAGUUCGGUGCUGACUUGCACGCCGACUGCCUCUGCCAUCACCAGCUCCCGCACCCUACAGCAGACAUAUGGCACAGGUAUCUUGAAUUCUAUGACCAGAGGUGGUUCCACCGCUCCUGGAUCAUCCAGGAGGCCGUUCUCGCCCAGCCCGGUCGUAGCAUAGUCCACUGGGGCCCCUGGACCAUGCCGUGGUCCGAAGUGCUUGCCGGGUCGCAGAUCUUCCUCCCCGACCGACUGCGCAAGGCCAUCUUCUCCCGCACCGAUCCUCACACCCUCCACAGCUCUCCGGUGGGGCGAAACGCCCUGCGGAUCGGCCUGAUCGCGGCCGCCUCCAGCGAUCUCAUUGCCAUCCUCAAGCUAGUCGCCGGAACCAGUCUUGACAGCAGCUCAGACCCCGUAGAAGUUCUAUGGAGGACUAUGAUUUGGGAUGUAUACGGACAUGGGCAUACCGUUGACGAGCACCCUGCGCCAGCUUCUCUCGAAGAUGCGUUCCUGACAUCACUCAUACCCGUACUGCAAGACGGCCCCGCCGAACAAGUAGCAGAGGCCAAAGUCAUUAUCACCUCUUUACUGCAACGACUUUCCAGUUCAAGGCCACUAUCGACCACACGAAAACUGCAUCAAGUCAUAUGUUACGCCUCUACGAGGACUGAUCAUGAGUGGUACAAGGCGCACAACGGAGCCGACUACGCACCACCCGAAGCUGACAAGUACUCCAGCUAUGCCAGCGGUGUCACCUGGAGCCAGCGUUUAUUUGCGUUGGAUAACGGGCUCUUAGCCAUGGGGCCGCAGUCUGGUGUGGCCGGUGACGAGGCCUGGAUCAUCUCAGGCUGCCCGUUCCCCAUGAUACUCCGGCCGAGCGGCCCGCAAGGCGAAUAUAGAGUACUGGGCCGUUCUUAUAUUCACGGUUUCAUGCACGGGGAGGGCGCCCCCGACGACGACCAUGCUUGGAGGUGGGUGUGUUUGGUGUAA